GCGGGUCCCGGGUCCACAGCCCACCUCUUCCUUCUCUAUCUCCUCCUUCACUUCGCCGUCUCCUCCGGCUGCUUCAAGCUGCUUUCUUUCAGCCGGAGCUGGAGGAGAGAACACUUAUCCAACGCGCCUCUGGAGCGAGGAACGUCACCAUUUUUAUGAGAGAAGCUCUUCAUUCGUUCCUCAUUUUCAUCGGUAAUUUUAAAAGAUGAGCUCUUUUUCUCCGAGUGUGACGCAAGACAUCGGUAUGGUGAAGUUGGUUUGAGGAACUUUUCUUGGCACCGGCGGGGACCACUGAGGUUUUGCGCGCAAGAGUAGAUCUCCAUGGUGAAUUAUAAAUAGCUUCUCUAUCGCUUACUCCUCUCAGUUUUGUGCAUUUAUUAACAAACGAAGAUGUUUUCCUUCGAGUUGUUCAUCUGCGUCCUGACCAUCGCCUGUCUCUUGGAGAUCCCCAGGGGCACCACGGCGGCGUCGUGCGAGCCUACCCGCAUCCCCAUGUGCCGGUCCAUGCCGUGGAACAUGACCAAGAUGCCAAACCAUCUUCACCACAGCACGCAGGCCAACGCCGUGCUCGCUAUUGAGCAGUUCGAGGGGCUCCUGGGCACCCAGUGCAGCCCAGAUCUGCUGUUCUUCCUGUGCGCCAUGUAUGCGCCCAUCUGCACCAUCGACUUCCAGCACGACCCCAUCAAGCCGUGCAAGUCCGUGUGCGAGCGGGCCAAGUGCGGCUGCGAGCCAGUCAUGAAAAGGUACAACCACACGUGGCCGGAGAGCCUGGCCUGCGAGGAGCUGCCCGUGUAUGACCGAGGAGUGUGCAUCUCACCUGAGGCUAUAGUCAAGGCGGAGGGGCCAGAUAAUCCUUAUCAGGACCCUUCAAAAGGUAAUCCUGGAAAUCCAGACUUCCCAAUGGAUUCAGACAAUGGCAACUGCAAAGGAGCUAAUGAUCGAUGCAAAUGCAAGUCUGUGCGACUUGGUCAAAAGGCAUAUUUAAAGAACAAUUACAAUUACGUCAUCCGGGCAAGGGUGAAAGAGAUAAAGACUCGGAAUCAUGAUCUUAGCGCCAUUGUCGAGGUCAAAGAAGUCCUGAAAUCUUCUCUGGUCAACAUCCCUCGAGACAUCGUCACCCUUUAUUACAACUCUGGCUGUCCAUGUCCUCCCCUGGCAGCCAAUGAGGAAUACAUGAUCAUGGGUUAUGAGAAUGAGGAACGGUCAAGACUGUUGCUCAUUGAUGGAUCCAUUGCACAGAAGUGGAAGGACAAAAUGGGACGCAAAGUGAAGCGUUGGGACCAGAAUUUGCGCGAACAGUCCAGACCAAACUCAGGCAGGACCAACACGAGACGGAGUCGCCACUAACUUUCAGACAAACCAAAGGAGGAGAGGAGGUUCUUAAAACGGAAAAAUUGCACUAUUGUAUUUUUGUUAUUCAUUUUUGGCUGAGACUGUCUUUUUAAUUGUUGCUUUUUGUUUUAUGUCAUUAUAUUUGCCUAAAACAUGUUGCCUUUGCACAAACAAAAUGUUCAUUUGACAUUGCUGUGUAUACUUUUUUGGGAAGGGUGUCGAGUGUCGGGCAGUGUUUGCCGAUCAAAAUGGAAUGUAUGAGGAAGGGAUAUUUUCUAGCACCGUUGAAUUGGAGAACCUCAGAGAUGCCAGUGCGCUUUGACAUGUUGCAGUGCUCCAUUAAGCUCUGUGCGUACAACAGACACAAACAAGGAGCUGCAGCUGUGCUGAAUUUUCCCCUCUGGAAAAUUAAACAUUCUUCAGAUAAAGAACGAUGCAGCGUGGGGAAGAGAAUCCUUUGACAAAAAUCCCACAGAGACAUCAAGAUGAUCCAAGACUAGGAGCAUAACUUUAACGUGGAUGAAGAAAACAAGCUGUUGGGCUUUCUGUAUGAUGUUCAUAAUAAAAAAAACAUUUUAGAUGACAUUUCUGUAGUUCUCUCUUAUGCUUAGAUGUGCAUUAGAUAUGCUUGAUCCUAAAUGUCAUUCCUAUAGGAAGACGUUGAAUUUAAAGCCAUGCAAUGUUGAAAUAUUGAAACAGCUAUUAUUGUAAAAACAAAUGUUCAGUGGGUCUGGUAUCACAUACUGUGCAUAACUCUAACUUGAGUCCAUUAUUCAGUCUAUAACUCCAUUUACAGUCCUUAUUAAACACAUCUGGCUGGUGACAUGUCCAUGUUAUGUUUGUAUGCAAUGACAUCAAAUUUGAUAAUCAGCAUUUUGUCUUUCAAGACGAAUCAUAGAAAAUGUCUUCUGUAUUUCAGUUAAAGUAAAGAUUUGUAAGCUUA